UGCACGCACAACGAUGAAGUCAGUAUGAUGUCAUUCCAUAUGGUCCAUCCUCCUGUCUCAAAGUGCUGUAAUUUUCUUCUACCACCGGAAAUUUGACUCGGGAGAGGAAUGCAGGACCCGUAGCCAGUUAUAAUUGUGAUUCAAGACACAACUUCUAUCAGCAGCAACCCAGUCAGACCAUGGCUGGCUUCAGACAAGAGGAUGUGGAGGCGUUCUAUGAUAUGGGAGAGGAGCUAGGGAGUGGACAAUUCGCUAUUGUACGGAAGUGUAAAGACAAGAGUUCUGGCUCGGAGUACGCCGCCAAGUUAAUCAAGAAGCGUCGCCUGUCGUCCAGCCGCCGGGGCGUAAGCCGCGAGGAGAUCGAGAGGGAGGUGAACAUUCUGAGAGAGAUCCAGCACAGCAACAUCAUCACGCUGCACGACAUCUUUGAGAACAAGACGGACGUCAUCCUCAUCCUGGAGCUAGUGUCUGGAGGGGAACUAUUUGACUUCCUGGCAGAGAAGGAGUCUCUAACAGAGGAGGAGGCCACACAGUUCCUCAAACAGAUCCUGGACGGGGUCUACUAUCUACACUCCAAACGCAUCGCUCAUUUUGACCUGAAGCCAGAGAACAUCAUGCUGCUUGAUAAGAACGUCUCCAACCCCAGGAUCAAACUCAUCGACUUUGGCAUCGCUCAUCAGAUCAAAGCUGGAAAUGAGUUUAAGAAUAUCUUUGGAACGCCAGAGUUUGUUGCUCCAGAGAUAGUCAACUAUGAACCACUCGGACUGGAGGCUGACAUGUGGAGUAUUGGAGUUAUCACGUACAUUCUGUUGAGUGGUGCCUCUCCGUUCCUGGGGGAGACCAAGCAGGAGACUCUGACCAACAUCUCUGCUGUCAACUAUGACUUUGACGAGGAGUACUUCAGCAAUACCAGUGAGCUGGCCAAGGACUUCAUCAGACGCCUGCUGGUCAAGGAUCCCAAGAAGAGGAUGACCAUCGAUGACAGCCUUCAGCAUCCCUGGAUCAAGGUGAUCAAGAGGCGGAACGUGCGCCAGGAGGAGAGCGGGAAGAAGCCGGAGCGCAGGCGCCUGAAGACCACGCGUCUAAAGGAGUACACUAUCAAGUCCCACUCCUCCAUGCCCCCCAACAACACCUACGUCAACUUCGAACGCUUCUCCCAGGUGCUGGAGGAGAUCGCUGCUGCUGAGGAGGGGCUGAGAGACCUGGAACAGAACCAGAGGUCGUGCCGGGAGGACGUGGCUGCUCUCCUGUCUAUCUACGAGGAGAAGGAGGGCUGGUACAAGGAGGAGAACCAGAGCAUCGCCAGCGACCUGGGUCACAUCCGCCAGGAGCUGCAGCGUACCCAGGCCCAGCGCAGGCAGAGUCAGGAGGAUGCCCGCGCCACCAUGCUGGCUGCUAACGCCCUCAAGAGGAAGUUUGGCCGUCUGGAGAACCGUUACGAGGUCCUGGCAGAGCAGGUGGCGUCGGAGGUGCUCUGGGUGGAGGAGCUGGUCAGGGGGAUAGAGAAGGAGAAGGACAGCCUCGUCAUGCCCUGAGUUUGGCCUGGCUUCUAGUUUCACUGACCUGGCCAUGCCCUGAUGCCAGCCUGGCUUCUAGUAUCACUGACCUGGUCAUGCACUGAAGCCAGCCUGGCUUCUAGUAUCACUGACGUGGUCAUGCCCUGAGGCCAGCCUGGCUUCUAGUAUCACUGACCUGGUCAUGCCCUGAGGCCAGCCUGGCUUCUAGUAUCACUGACCUGGUCAUGCCCUGAGGCCAGCCUGGCUUCUAGUAUCACUGACCUGGUCAUGCCCUGAGGCCAGCCUGGCUUCUAGUAUCACUGACCUGGUCAUGCCCUGAGGCCAGCCUGGCUUCUAGUAUCACUGACCUGGUCAUGCCCUGAGGCCAGCCUGGCUUCUAGUAUCACUGACCUGGUCAUGCCCUGAGGCCAGCCUGGUUUGGUACAGACACCGGUCUUAUAUACCAGCUGUCAUUAGAUUCAGAACAAGGGCCCAGAGUUUUUCUGGUGAGGGAAAACUCUGGCCCCUGGUCCUAAGUCAAGAUGCUACACCCCCCCCCCCCAGACAUUUGAUUAGGGAAAAUGAUCCCCCUUCCCCAUCUUCCCUUUCUAAUGAGAGCACCAACAAUGUCCCUCCCUACUAUGAAUACAUUUAAUCCACAAAAUAUGUGUUUAAAGACUGUCCAUUCCAGUAUUUUCUAAAUUAAUUCAUAACGUUAAAAAUGGUAAAGAUUGUGAUUAAUUUUUUUGCAGUAUAUUUGGUUAAGAUGAUGAUACAUACAUGCAUACAGGAAGGUUUUCUGCACCUGCAAUCAUUUUUCUAUAGUUUUUUAGCCCCAUACUUAAAGGGAUAUUUAUCAUUAACAGCUGACUAUGAUUGACCAAUAAGGCCCAAGGGGGUGUGGUAUACGGCCAGUAUACCGUGUCUAAGGGCUGUUCUUAUGCAUGAUGCAACGCGGAGUGCCUGGACACAGUCCUUAGCCGUGGUAUAUUGGCCAUAUACCACAAGCACCCAAGGUGCCUUAUUGCUAUUAUAAACUGGUUACCUACAUAAUUAGAGCAGUAAAAACAAAUGUUUCGUCAUACCCGUGGCAUACAGUGUGAUUUACCACGGCUGUCAGCCAAUCAGCAUUCAGGGCUGGAACCACCCAGGUUAGAGGUAACAACAACAUAGUAGAAACAAUAGAACAUGUGUUAUAGGGAGAUUCCAUUUUGAAGAUAAUCUUAUUGACACUCAACAACCGUCUUGCUGUACUGCGAUGCGAAACUACAGACAGAUACUAUACUAUAUAUUUUAUACCAUAUAAAUACUAAUAGUUCUCUUACGUGUGAAGAGAGUUGUCUUAAAAUGGAUUGUACAAACCUGUUUUGCAACUUGCACGCAGCUUGUACAU